UGUAAUAGAAAGUUGAUUGACUUGUUAACGUGAUGCUGAGGGUCGCAAGGGACGUAAACCGAGUGCACCUCCAUAUUUUGCCGGGAUCUUCGCUUCCCAUGAUACAGUUCAAGUUGCUCUUUCCAAAACAAGUUUGUUUUUUUACGUUCUACUUUCAUAUAUGAUCCAAGCCACUGGUGAGGACAUAAUGCCCGUGGAUGAUAGUGGCCCGCCGCAGCCCUCUCACUGUGACACAAGAUGGUCACAGCAGAUGUCAGGCCUCCCUCACAAGCUCCUGCAGCGCUUGAUGCCUUUCCAACGGGAAGGAGUGCAUUUUGCCCUAUCUAAGAAUGGAAGAUGUAUGGUUGCCGAUGAGAUGGGUCUUGGCAAAACGGUGCAGGCCAUUGCAGUGGCAUACGCUUUCAGGGAGGAGUGGCCCCUCCUUGUGGUGGUGCCCUCAUCCCUCAAGUACCCCUGGAUUGAGGAGCUGGAGCGCUGGAUCCCCGAGUUGCAGCCUGGCGACAUCAACUUGGUGGAGAACAAGAGCGAUACCAUGGGGAUUAACAACAGUAAGGUGACCGUGUUGGGCUACGGCCUCCUCACUACAGAUGCUCGCUCUCUGAUGGAGGCGUUAACCAGGCGGAGCUUCUCAGUGGUUGUGGUGGAUGAAUCACACUACCUCAAAUCCAGGAAUGCUGCUCGAACCAAGCUUCUGGUGCCUAUCAUUCAGAGCGCUAAGCGAGCCAUCCUCCUUACUGGGACACCUGCGCUGGGCCGCCCGGAAGAGCUUUUCAUGCAAAUUGAUGCACUUUACCCCAAAAUGUUUGGAACCUGGACUGAUUACGCCAAGAAAUACUGCAACGCCCAUUAUAGGUUCUUUGGAACCCGCAGGCAGUGGGAUUGUAGAGGGGCAUCCAACCUAGAGGAGCUGCACCAGCGGCUGAGCCAGAUCAUGAUCCGUCGCCUUAAAGCUGAGGUGCUUAGUCAGCUUCCCCCCAAAAUCCGCCAGCGCAUCCCGUUCGACCUUCCAAAGGAGGCUGCAAAGGAGGCCACAGCCAGCUUCGCCGAGUGGGAGAGAUUGAUGAAGGGAUGUGGGUCAGAGGUUGUCGCCACCAGCAACUCCUUCACUGAGGUCAUGAGCCUGAUCACGCAGAUGUACAAGCAAACAGCAAUUGCCAAGGCUGGAGCAGUGAAAGACUACAUCAAAAUGAUGCUCGAGGCAGAACAACUCAAGUUUCUUGUUUUUGCCCACCACCUCACGAUGCUGCAGGCUUGCACCGAGGCUGUGGUUGAGGCCAAGGCAAGUUAUAUUCGUAUCGAUGGCAGCGUCCCGUCCUCUGAGAGAAUCCAGUUAGUUCACAAGUUUCAGAAUGACCCAGACACAAGAGUGGCCAUCCUCAGCAUCCAGGCAGCUGGUCAGGGUUUGACCUUCACCGCUGCCAGCCACGUGGUGUUUGCUGAGCUCUACUGGAACCCGGGACAGAUUAAGCAGGCUGAGGAUCGCGCUCAUCGUAUCGGGCAAACCUCAUCUGUCAACGUACACUACCUCAUCGCCAAGGGUACCUUCGACAGCGCCAUGUGGUCCAUGCUCAACAAGAAGGAAACCGUGACAGGCAGCACUCUUAACGGAAGGAAGGAGUACCUGAAGGCUGAGGAGGGGGACAAAGACAAGUGGGACUUCCUCAACUUUGCCAAUGCGUGGACACCUAGCGAGCUUCCUUUGGAGAAGAAUACUGGACUUGACGCAGAUGGGGAAGUGUUCUUCACUCAUUUUGAAAAGGAGAAUCAACAUGAUAUUCGUAACUUCUUCUCUCCGGAUAGCAGCAAGAAGAAGAAGAGGAAACGACUGCAAGAUGAAGAUGAGUCUUCUUCCGUCUCCCCAGAACCCAACAAUUCUGCUUGCGGGGGAAGACAUUCUGAAAUUAAAACAAAGAAGAAAGAAGAGACCGGCUCCCAAAUGUCCAUCACAGACGACAGUGACUUCUCCCCACAGACGAAGAGGAUCCGAGAGGUGCAGUCCAGCCCAAGCCAAAGGUCCGCAUCCCGGGGCAAGCGAAGGUUGACGCAGGAGGCGAGCACGUCGGCCCAACAUGAGUCUUUGGAGUCAAACCCUUCCAGUAAAGCAUGGGCCUGCGGAGCGUGUACUUACUCAAAUAGCAACUUGUUGCCUUACUGCGAGAUGUGUGAAUGGCCACGCUCGUCUUCAGCUUUACCAUCAGAGCCCACCAGGCCUCAGCUACCUCCUUCAGCCGAGCGGGCGUGUCAUAACCCGUCCAGCUCUGACCAAGAACCCGAGCCCAGUUGGCAGGAAUCCCACGCUGCCAAUACGUGCAAAAGCAAACAGAGUGACGAGGAGGAGGAUGUGCCUACAAAAGACAAACAGCAAGCCGGAGAUGCAGAGGAAGGGGACACGCAGCAGCUCAAAGGCAAACAAUCAGCGGGAAAGCGAGGUGGCGGCGGCGGCACCUGUGGUGGCAGCUGCGUCCUCCCUGACCACACUCACGACCUGGAAGCUACGAAAGCUAAUGACUGUGAGGAAGGUGAUCAUCCAGCAUACCAGGGCCUGCAGUUCUGUGCCAGCCAAUACACAGACCGAAUAUAUAUCUACGAUAAGGACGGCGCUCCGUUGAACUUGAGCUUCAUGCCCCUGGACAUCAAACUAACCAACUGGGACGACCUGCCUGAGGAUUUCAGCCGGCACAGAGAAAAUCAAAUACAGGUGCUGCGCUUCGUUCAGGGAUGGAGCAGCCUGGCAGCCAUGAAGCAGAAGCUGCUCCGACGUAGCCGUCUCCUCUACCACAGCCCCGCGCUUGGCUUGCAGCAGCUGGCCAACACCCAGCGACCUCACACCAGCACCAAGAGGUACCUCAGUCGGGAUGAAGUGGCUGAGGCCUCACUGAGCAAGGCUCAACAGGAAGGAGGCAGCGUGCGGCUGGUCACCAAAGAGAACUUCUUCAGCAAGAGAAGAUCGACCUCAUCACUAAAUUCACCCACCUCAGACAGCUCAAGCAAAGAUGUCGGCGAGCAACCAUCACCAGGUUUCCUGCAGGCGGUGGACGGCCAGGGUGUCCCUCUAUGUCUGUCCUGCCAGAAGGCCUGCUUGACCACCGGUGGGGCCUGGGACACCCGAUUUUGCAGCAACAAGUGCCAGGAGGAGUUCCUUUUGCGCUCCAGUCAGACGCACAUGCGCUCGCGGGUGCUGGAGGCAGAGCGGGGCGUUUGCCAGCACUGCGGCCUCCACGCCCACGACUUAUUUGUGAAAGUCCGCGAUGCACCGCCGUCCCAGCGCAAAGAGAUGCUUGAAAACACUUGGCUCGCCCAGCUGUCACUCAAACAGCUAAACGAGAUGAUCCGUGCUCCAGUGGAAGGCGAUUUCUGGCAAGUGGACCACAUCCGUCCAGUCUACAGUGGAGGAGGACAGUGCUCGCUGGACAACCUGCAGACACUCUGCAGCGUCUGCCACAGAGCUAGGACGGCUCAGCAGGCCAAGGAGAGGAGCCGGUUGAGGAAGAACGCUGCAGCCAACAAGGUUGCGUCAGACAUCAGCAGAUUCUUUAUGAAGAAAUGAUGCUCCUCGCUCACUCAGGUGCAUUGUUGAGUCCCAACUGGCACUGACAAGAUGCAUUGUGAUUUUUCUCUCUUAUUGGAAACAAAAGGCCAAACUACUUUGUUAUCCGCCUUUUUUUUUUUUUUUUUUAAGAUAGCAAACAGGGACAACAACCGCAUCCCCCCCUCUUGUCCCCGAACCAUCACAAGUGUGUGUGCGUGGGGGGGGGGGGGGGGUCGGUUGAUUUAUUGCAACCCCCUUUAAGCUUGAGGCAUAAAUGGAGCAGGUUGCUUCAGAGAUGCCCUGCUAUUUUCAGAUUUUGCAAAGUUAGUGCAACGUUGCAGGUGAGCAGGGUGAUAAAUUAAAAAUGGACCGUUCUACAAGCAAAGUCUUGUUUGUGUUGCUUUUUGGAAGAUAGAUGACUAUUUUGUGGAAUAAAACCCCAUUUUUAUCUA